GCACGCAGCAGCGCAGCGCAGCGGCAGAGGAGCCACGCGACCCGCGCCGAGCGAGAAGAACAACGCGCGAUGAGCGUCAUGGACUGGCACGCGUGGCUGUCGACGGCGGCGCGGCUGGAGCCGGCGGCGGUGCACGAGUACGCGCUGGCGCUGGCGCGCAACGAGCUCGACCCGGGCUGCGACGCCGCGCACUUGGACCACGACCUCCUCCGCAGCAUGGGCGUCUCCGUCGCCAGGCACCGCCUCGAGAUCCUCAAGCUCGCCCGCCCCGCCCGCGCCCACGCCCGCGGCCGUGGCCUCUCCCGGCGGCUCCUCGCCGCCGCCGGCCGCGUCGCCAGGUGCGCGCUGCGCUCUCUCGCCUGCCGCCGGGAGGAGUGCCACGGGGCGGGGCUCGUGCUGGCCCCGGGCCAGCUGCAGCAGCAGCAGCCUGAGGGCGACGGCGGCAUCGGCAUUGGCCAAGCAGGUUUGGGAUCCGGUUGCACGGUGCCGAAGAGGACCAGGUCCAAGCCCAAGGGGGCCGCGGCUGGCGCUGCGCGGCCGGCCGUCGGCUUCAGGGGCGCCGCGACGGUGCACGCGAUUGGGGAUGUUGUCGAGAGCGGCGGCGGCGAGGAGACGGUCAGGUGGGACCGCCUGUUCCAGGGACUCAACCCCAACUGAUCGCGAAUCGCGAUUCCGUUAUCAAGCCGUUGAAUCAUCAAUCAUGCAUGCAAUGCAACAAUGGUGGUUUCUGGCUUUCUGCUUCUGAACUCUGUAAUAAUUCCUGUCGUGAUGGAUAAUACCUCUGCCUGCAGCUUUCAGUUCUCAGUUCUCACUGAGCUCCUCAGUGGGUACUUCAGUUCUUCCGCGGGCUUCGUGGCGACAUUUAUCUUGAAUUCUGUUUACGAUCCUGAUGUUUUUUUUUUCUUACAACUUAACCCCUGGCCAUUCUCGGUAUGUUUCCAAAUUGCAACGCAGAAGUAUACAUGUCUGAAACUGUCGAAUCAUAAAGUGGAAGUUGCUCACUGA